AUGUGUGGUAUUUUGUUGCAUUAUAACCCCAUUAAUAAUGGAAGUCUUGAGGAUGAAAUAAUAGAGAUUCCUGAAGGAAGUGAUGAUUUGAAAAGCUGUAGUGAUAAGUCACCAAUUUUCAAUGAAAUAGUCCCUUAUAUAGCUAGGAGAGGUCCUAAUUAUCAGAUGUUUAGGGUUUUUAAGAGUGAGCAAAUUAGUUGGUAUUCCUCGAUUCUAUCGUUAAGAAAGCCAUUCACUAAACAGAGUAUUGAAGUUAACGAUAGGUACAUUUUGCAGUUCAAUGGUGAAUUAUAUAAUAAUGAAAUACAUGGUAUUAGCGACACUACUUAUUUUGUUAAUUGCUUGAAAACUGCUCUAGAUGAAAAGGAUAUAAUUAAUAUUCUUAGAACUUUAGAAGGCGAGUUUGCAUACACUAUCUUUGAUUCAAAGAAGAAACUAGUUUAUUUUGGUAGAGAUACAAUUGGCAAGAGGAGUUUAGGAUAUAAGUUAGACUAUGAAACUAAUGAAUUAUACAUUUCGAGCGCAACAGGAGAUGUAGAGGGAUUUAAAAAUUGUGUAGGAGGCAUCGUAUACAUUUACAAUAUCGAAAAGAAGCAAUUGGAUGAAGAAAAUAUGAUUAGGGAACCUUAUACUGUUAGUGCUGAAGUUGACGAAGGAGAAAGUAGAGCAAAUGAAUUAAUUGCAAAGUUAUAUGAUUCAUUGUAUGAAUCAGUUGAAAAGAGAGUUUUGUCAAUACAUCCUGCCCAUAUUGAAGCCUCACCAGUUGCAGUUCUAUUUUCUGGUGGUUUGGAUUGUUCUGUUAUCGUUGCAUUAAUAUGCGAGGUUAUGAAGUCUAAAUCAAAGUACUCCAACCACACUAUUGAAUUACUAAAUGUUGGUUUUGAGAAUCCCAGAGUGGGAUUACAGCCAAAAGAUGCCCCUGAUCGAAAAUUAGCAGUCAGUAGCACCGAAGUUUUGAAGGAAUUAUAUCCGGAAAUAGAUAUCAAAUUAGUUGAAGUAGAUGUUUCUUAUGAAGAAUAUGUAAAAUUGAAACCUUAUGUGAUAAAGUUAAUGUAUCCCAAGGUAACUGAAAUGGAUUUAUCUAUCGCUAUCGCAUUUUAUUUUGCAUCGAGAGGAGCUGGUUUUAUAACAAAUUAUGAGGAGCACACAAGAAUUCCGUAUAAAAGAAAAGGUAUUGUGUUAUUUAGUGGGUUAGGUGCGGAUGAAUUAUAUGGCGGAUAUCAUAAAUUUGCUAACAAGAGCAGAGAAGAACUUGUUGAAGAGUUAACUAAGCAGAUAAACAAUAUUCAUGACAGAAACUUAAACCGCGAUGAUAAAGUUAGUGCUGAUAAUGGAAUUGAGGUAAGAUAUCCAUUUUUAGAUGAAUAUGUAGUAAACUUCUCAACAAAAGAGAUACCAAUAAAUUAUAAAAUUAAUAAAAAAAUUCUUAGAGAUUUAGCCAAAGCAAAAUUACACUUAGAGGCAAUUUCUGAAGAACCUAAGAGAGCCAUUCAAUUUGGAGCCAAGAGUGCAAAAAUGACUAAAGAUGGUAACAAACAUGGCACUGAUAUUAUUAAACUUGAAGAAAUGUUAAAUUGA